AUGGAUUCCAAACUUGAUCGUUCAUCUCUUGAUGAUAACAAGGCUGAUAUCAUCCAUGAAGAACUGGCAAGACUCGAAGAACUGGAUGACUCCAUUGAAGAAACUGAUCCAGGCUGGGCUGUCUGGUUGAUUGCCUGUACAGUAUCGAUGGGAGGGUUCCUAUUCGGCUACGACACAGGCGUAAUAUCCGCCGUACUCGUAAACCUAAACAAAGAUCUCGGCCACAUUCUCAGCAGCAAAGAAACAAAUUUGAUAACCUCAAUCACCUCCAGCGGCGCCCUAAUAGGCGCAAUCCUAGCAGGUCUGACCUCCGACCGCUACGGCCGCAAGCUAGGAAUCUACCUAGGCUGCGCACUCUUCAUUGUCGGCGCCGUGCUGCAAGCGGCCGCAUUCACAGUCGCCCAAAUGACAGUCGGCCGACUCGUCGUCGGACUUGGCGUCGGCAGUGCUGCGAUGAUCAUCCCGCUCUAUAUCAGUGAACUUGCGCCUGCGCGUUUCCAGGGUCGGAUGAUUGUUUUUGAUAAUUUGUGUGUUGCUUUUGGUCAGCUUGUUUCUUAUGCCCUUGGAGCGGGUUUCACGCCUGUUGCGAAUGGGUGGCGGUAUAUGGUUGCGCUUGGGGUGUGCCGGCUAUCUUUUUGGCGGUGUCCUGAGUCACCUAGGCAACUCGUUUCUCAUGGACGGUUUGAGGAGGCGGGCAGGGCAUUGGGGAAGAUUUUUCCUAAUGCCAGUGAGGCGCAGGUUGCUGGUAAGAUUCGGGUUAUUGAGGCUGCUAUCGAGGAGGGAGGUGUUUCUAUUUGGGAGAGGAGUCUGAAGUGGCAGUUUGGGAAGCUUUUCCUUGUUCCUGCUAACCGCAGGGCGCUUAUCACGGCUUGUAUGGUUAUGGCUGUCUAUCAGCUUGAUGGUUUCAAUACCCUUAUGUACUACUCGAGCACGCUCUUCUCAAUGGUUGGCUUCGAUAAACCUGCUGCGGUAUCUAUUGUUGUUGGAGGUACAAACUUCCUCUUUGGAUUUGUCAAUUUCGCAGUGAUUGACAGGUUCGGACGACGAGUCAUUCUGAUUGUCACGGUCCUCGGCAUGUCCCUCUCACUGGUAGUAACAGCAAUCGCCUUCCACUGGAUCCCAGUAACACACAUGGACUCAGCAUCAACAACAACCACAGGCUCUGAAUCCUGGGCAACAAUCCUACUCCUAGUAACAAUCAUCCUCUACGUGGCCUUCUUCGCCGCAGGCGUCGCGCCAGUAGCAUGGGUUGGCACGGAGCUUCUCCCACUUGAAGUGCGCGCACUGGGUACAAUGGUCAAUUCUGUGAUUUGCUGGGGAUGCAAUUUGAUCAUCUCGAGUACGUUCUUGUCUAUGAUGAAAGCGAUGACACCGAGCGGGACCUUUGCGUUUUACGCGGGUAUUUGCUUUGUUGGCUGGCUCUUUGUUCUGGCGUGUUAUGCCGAAGUGCAUGGUAUGCCGCUUGAGGAUGUUAGUGCUGUCUUUGAGAAAGGGUUCGGGGUCAAAGAGGCGAAGAUUUUGCAGAAAGAGAUUAAGGAGAGGAAGAGGGCUGAAGUUAGGCAAGAGGGGGUGUUAUAG